GCGAGAGCGACAGUGUGGGGGUUCAGGGAGAGGGGACAGGGGCUCGUCACAGCCUCCUCUGAAGCCAUGAAAAAGUCCCGGCAGAUCGACUGACAAUUACUCUGAGAAACCAUGUAUCCAAGUAACAAACAGGCAACAUUUACCGAUGCAGAAGAAGGAAGUGAGAAUUUUAGAGGCACGCUCACAAUCAACUCGAAACAGCAAACUACAUGCCUAGUGAAGUUCAUGACAACUUUAAAACUGCACUGAUUAACAAAAGAAAAAAAACUGGAAUAUUUUCAGGACCCAAGGAAUAAACGAAGAAACGUGCAUUCUUUGGAAAGUUAUUCGUGAGAAGAUAACGAAACUUCGCAAGAACUUACUGGAAUUCACUGGGGGGGGAAUCAACGUGCUCAUGAAAUUUGACAACACCUUCUGUUCUGAUCGAAACCUGGACCUGCAUACAACUUGAACGCUCACAGGUGGUUUACGAUUGAGCAAAAAUGAGCGGCGGUCGUUUUGAAUUUGAUGAUGGUGGGGCGUAUUGUGGUGGCUGGGAGGGAGGCAAGGCGCACGGACACGGAAUAUGUACGGGACCCAGAGGGCAAGGAGAGUUCUCCGGUUCCUGGAAUUACGGAUUUGAGGUUGUUGGAGUCUACACUUGGCCAAGUGGUAACACGUACGAGGGUUACUGGUCGCAGGGGAAGCGCCAUGGGCUUGGCGUCGAGACGAAGGGACAGUGGCUGUACAAGGGAGAAUGGACGCACGGUUUUAAAGGCAGAUACGGUACGCGCCUGAGGCAGGGGAGCGGCGCUAAGUAUGAAGGAACGUGGAAUAACGGCCUACAGGACGGUUAUGGGACGGAGACGUACGCAGAUGGCGGCACCUUCCAGGGUCAGUUCAGCAGCGGGAUGCGGCACGGUUACGGCAUGCGGCAGAGCGUUCCGUACGGGAUGGCCGCGGUGGUGCGGUCGCCGCUCCGCACCUCCCUCACCUCCCUGCGCAGCGAGCACGGCAACGGCGCCCUGCCCACCAUCACCGGCACGGACGCGGCGGGCCAGGACGCGCCCCUGAGCCCCCCCCACGGCCCCCCCGGCCCCGUCCGCGGCGGCUUCGCCCUCAGCCUGCAGGCCGACCCCGAGCUGGCGCGGCCCCCGAAGAAGAAGGGCCUGUUCAGCCGCGCCUCCAUCCUGGGCAAGCUCACCAGGGCCGAGUCGCGGCUGUCGCUCGCCAGCGUGCGGAGCAAGAUCAGCUUCCUGCGCUCGGACUCCGCCCUCAGCUCGGCCGCCAGCGACGCCGAGUCCACGGGGAGCCUGGGCGAGGGCGAGGACGAGGCCUGCCUCGCCCCGGAGCCGGACAUCGACGCCACCACCACCGAGAGCUACUCCGGCGAGUGGAAGAACGACAAGCGCGCGGGCUACGGCGUCAGCGAGCGGUCCAGCGGCCUCAAGUACGAGGGCGAGUGGCUGGACAACCAGCGGCACGGCUACGGGCGCACCAGCUUCCCCGAGGGCGGGGUGGAGGAGGGGAAGUACCUGAACAACACGCUGAUAAAGGCCAUGAAGAAGAGGCUCAUCCAGAUCAAGGGCUCCAAGAUCCGCCAGAAGGUGCAGCGCAGCGUGGAGGGGGCCCAGCGAGCAGCUGCCAUCGCCAAGCAGAAGGCCGAGAUCGCCGCCUCCAGAACAAGCCACGCCAAGUCUAAGGCAGAGGCAGCAGACCAGGCCGCCCAAGCCUCCAGUAAUGAGUCCAGCAUCGCCAGGGUGGUUGCUAGGGAGCUGUCACCCACCUUCUACCAACCAGGUCCUGAGUACCUGAAGAAGCGGGUGAUGCAGGAGAUCACGGAGGGCAACGAGAACUCGGAGAGCAUUAUGCCAGAGCCCCGGGUGGCAGAGGAGAACCUGCCCACCCCCCCGGAGAGCCCCCAGAUCCAUGAGCAGGACACCCCCGGCCCACCUGCCGCCCAGGAGGACCCCAACCUGCUGAGCCCCGGCAGCUGGAACGGGGACAAGGGCGUGAGCCGGGGGGGCAGCCGGGGGAGCAGUCAGGCAGGGAGCAGGCCCAACAGCCGCCCCACCACCCCAACUGCCCCUGCUGUAACAUCUGCCCCAGCUACAGCAACUGCCCCCGCUGUACCAACUGCCCCUGCCCCUGCAGCACCAUCUGCCCCUGCUACGCUUUCCCUUCCCCCAGCCCCUGAGGACCGCCCUGCAUCUGCCCCUGCUACUGGCUCCGCCCCUGCUGCUGGCUCCGCCCCCGCCAGCCGCAGCCACUCCCGCCCCUCCAGCCGGCAGAGCAACAGGGCGGAGCCCACCCCCGAUGUGGAGGUGGAGCCAGAGCCGAGGCCAUCGCCCGCCCCCAAAGACCAAGACCAGCAGCCCCCGCCAGCCCUGAAACUGCCUGCCAAACCGCUAACGCCUGAACCCCCCAAGUCUGUCCCCGAGAGGCCACCGUCUGCCUCUGACACUGGGCCUGAGGCCAAGGUGGGAAAGCCGGCCAAGACCGCCAAGAUGGAGGCCAAGAUGCCGCAGAAACGUGAGCCCACAGCGCAGCCCAAGCGCACCCCAACACCAGAGCCUAAACCCGCCCCAACUCCUGAACCCAAAACUAUCGCCAAACCCGCCCCAACUCCUGAACCCAAGACUGUCGCCAAACCUGCCCCAACUCCUGAACCCAAGACUGUCACCAAACCUGCCCCAACUCCUGAACCCAAGACUGUCGCCAAACCCGCCCCAACUCCUGAACCCAAGACUGUCGCCAAACCUGCCCCAACUCCUGAACCCAAGACUGUCGCCAAACCUGCCCCAACUCCUGAACCCAAGACUGUCGCCAAACCUGCCCCAAAACCAGUCACCAGGAGCGAGUCCAAACUGGAGGCCAGGGUGAAGGCCGUACUCAAAUCGCCCAGUGAAGUCAGGGACCUGGAGCCUGACCAGGGGCCGAACACUAUCAUGAUCUGUAUGGUGAUAUUACUGAACAUUGGAAUGGCCAUUGUCUUUGUCCAUAUCUUGUCAUGAGACUCUGUUACCCAGUCGCGGUUCGGCGGUGCUCCAGACGUCACCCGGGGGGCGAGUCAUGAAUCCGAUGCCGAAAUCCCCAACGCAAGCUUCAGUCGUGCGAGGAAAACUCCUUACUUCAGCCCGUCGAGCUGCCUUGCGCUUCAACUGAACAAGCGAAAGAAAAAGGGGAAAGAGGGCAACCAUAGGAAUUGCAGAGAAGCCGUAGAAAUGUGCUCUGAGUGCAUAAUGGGUAAAAAGGCACGUAUGUGCCCUACGUAAGCAUAUCCACCACUUAAACAGUCUGUACUUUCCAGUGAAACCAAAGUUCGCCAGCAACAGUUCACUUAAUUUAUUUAUUUAUUUAUUUUUGUGGGGGGCACCUUUAUUAAUGUAAAUGAAUAAAUACAAAUACAGUAUAUUAAAGUGACAUGCCCCAUUAACCCCCCCCCCCCCACAAAAAAAAAAACAUAGAAAAUAAAGGGAAACAACUGUCUAAUGAACUGAGAUUUGUUGAGGUUGUGAGACAUAUAGCAUAGUUCCUGAGUUAAACUGUAUGUUUCAGAGAAAGGCAUCAACUGUUUUCUGGGAAUAUGCUUGGUAUUGUGCACUUAAUUAUCAAGACAUCUAAAUUAUGUCAGACUUGAGAGAAAGACACCCAAGUGACAUAAACGAUACUUUUCAGCAUUUAUUUAUGUAUUUACCUGAUUUGCAUUGAUUAGUUCACCUCCUUGGUCCAGGAAGUAAGCUCGUCAGUGAAAUCAGGACGUGUAGAGCAGGGAUGGACAAGGUGGGCCUUAUCUGUGUCUGGAUUUCAGACCAACUUCUGCUCUUAAUUAUUUAAUUAGCCCAAACAUGGACAUAAUCUGUCAUUCAUAGCCACAUUCUGUGAUCUACAGAGCUGCUGAUAAAUGUUUUUGUCCUGUAGCUUUUUGUUGUGGUCUAGUUUGAGUGAAUCUGUCACGGUUCAUUUGGCUAAUUAGCUGAUUCAGCCAGGGUAAUUGGUGGCAGCAAAAUAUGAUUUACUGCACACAUACUGUACUGUACAGCAUACUGUACACACCGUCCAGGACUGGAGUUGCCCAUCCCUGGUGUGGAACAUGGCUAGGGCGAAUGCCUGCAGCCUCGACAGCAUUGCUUCCCAACCUCUGUCUUGGGGACCCCUAUGUGUGCUGGGUCUCGUUCCAACCACAACUGCAAUCCCAGAAUUUUAACAGGCUGUUAAUAUUUCAUAAUUAGGUGCUUUUUAUGUCUAUGUUCCCUUGAGAGGGAUUAUGUUCCCUCUCAAGGGCACAUUGUCAGAAAUAGUUAUUCAUACCAUGAAGAAAAAAUGUCCAAUUGAACACAGGUGUUUAAGUUCUUAAAUUAUUUUUGUACCUUAAAUAUAUUAACACAAUACAGGUUUGGCUUGUUAUCAUUUGACAUCUUCAUUAUCUUCCAAAUUGUGGCCAUGUGUCUACACUUGAAUUAUGAAUUACUUUCAUUACUUGAGUGUUUAAUCUGUAAUUAUUUGAAAUAUAUCACAAAAGGCAGGAUAUUAAACACGGAAAUUGUAUUAUUUGCAGCAUGCAGAGCUAUUUCUAGCAUAAUGUGGCUUAAGAGGGUAAAUAAUCCCUCUACAUGAGAGUAAUUCACGAUAAUGAAUUGAUGUUAAAAUACUGGGACUGCAAUUGUGGUUGGACCAGCCAAUAAGCACCAGGGGGCCACAGGUCCUAGACCAGGAGUGCACAACUUCGGUCCUGGAGGGCCGAUCUGUAAGCUGGUUUUUGUUCCAACCAAUUACCUUAAUUUAGUUUUCUGACAGGUCUAGAAAUGAUGCUGGUUCACUCCUGACUUGAGUAGAGUAAAAUCUUCAGGAGACACUUGCAGUCUGCAGCUGUAGCAGGUGCAUAUACAAAUGUCUGUUUGAGACAUUAUUUAGCUAAUUAAAUACUUAAGCACAGAAGCAGAUCAGCCCUUGCUGUGCAUCCCUGUCCUAGGCUGAGGCCAGUGGCCUACAGGACCUAGAGCUGAGCUGCAAUGAUUUACAUGUACUCUUAAUUAUUAGGUUCUGAAACAGCAGGCUAAAUUUAGCUAAAAAGAAAUGCAUGCUAUUGAUAUCACACAACAGUAUGUAAUUUCUUAGUGCUUGAAGAGCCUUGUAUGUAGCCUCUGAUUUUUCUGGUCUGGUCAAGAUGCAGGACAUAACAUCUUCAGCCUUUUCAGAUCAGAUGUCAAACAUCAGUUUUUACCAGUGGCCCAAUGUGUUUCUUAACAGCACGACACAAACCUUGAAGAUGACCAUUAUUUAGUUGUAACUUGAUACGUACUAUCAGAGAAGCCACGUGCCAGCACUGUGUGGUAAGAAAUGCAUUUUAUUUAUGAAAGCUUUGCAUUUCAGUGUAUGGCAAAGAUCAGAAUAUUGGCUUUCGGAGCAACAAAUAUUGUUCAUACUGUAGACAGAUGGUUUGAAUAUGAAUCAUGUUCACAAGAAUACCAGCCACAUACUGUACCAGGACAAAUGUGUAUUUAUUUGUCUGUCUGUUUUCUGCACAGAACAAUGUUGUGCCAUGGUACGUACAGUAAUAAUUGGAUAGGAAAGCGAGUCUUUUGCACACAAUGACAUAAUUAUUAUACCAUCUUUACAGGACUUUUGAAGGGUUUUUUAAAAUUAGGAAUAAUUUAAAUACAUCCUGUUUUUACUGUUACUAUGCAAAGGUUUCACAUUUAUUCUGAUUAAUUUGCUACCAGUUGCAUUUUGUUAGCUCAAUGGUUUCUUCUUCUUAGACACAGGAACUGCAUUUUAGACAUAGUAGCCAUAGAAACGCAAAUGUCAAUUUUGUCCAGUGAAGAGUGAUUAUGCGUCAGGCCAGGUCUGGGUCUCUUCAGAAACUUUUAUAUGCAUGUGUGCACUUUUGUAGUGUGUGAUUUUGUACAUUUUUAAAGUACCUUUUCAUGUACAAAAAUAUUUGGAUUUUUGUGUAUGGAAUAUUCAAUCCAGCUUGCUUUGCAUUUCCCUUUUUAAAUCUGUAAGAUUACCUCAGGCAUUCAAGAUAAUAAUAUAUAUCUAUGAUGGAACUCCAGGUCUUACAACGUUGAACGCACUCUAAAAAAAGUACACUGUCUGCAUUCUUAUUUAUACCAACUGAGUAUUUAUUAAGUUAUAUCAAAACAAUUUAUAUCACCAGCAGUAAGUAUUAUUGGAUACCCAACAGUCAUUUGACACUGAAAUGAGAGCAAUCGCAAUAAUAAAGAGACAGACAUGUCCCUUGCAGUCUGGAGUCUCUCCUGACCAGCGUCAACACAAGACAGUAUUUCAUAUAUAUUACCCCCAAUAGCAUAAAGGGGUAUCUCCCUUUAUAUAUGUUUUUUCAUUGAAUUGUCUAAUGCUGACAUCAUAUUACAACAAAGUAUUUUGCAUACUUCAUAAAAUAAUAUUGCUAUGCUAGGUGUUUACAUGCAGUAAACAGGAUCAUACUUAAUUAUGCAGCAUUUUCAGUGUCCUAUGUAGUUUUUGCUUGUGUUUAAAUAAUUUAUGGCAUAGAUCGCAGUGUUGAAUUAGUGCAAUUUGCAUCUGGGCAGGACAUUUUACUAAGCAGCCCCCCCCCCCCUUUUUUUUUUUCUUAAAAAAAAUAUAUAUUAAUCAGAACAAGAACUUGGACAUAUGUGCAAUAUGGCAGUGUUUGUUACCUAUUGAAAAAUGUUUAUUCUGUAUCAUAUCCCAGAGGCAAGGUUCAUCCUUUUGUUACAGUGCAUUAUAUUAAAUGUCCUAAACUCACAGUAUUGCUGGUGCCCUCCCAAAGUAUGAAGACUGAAAUUAAAACAUUUUUCAAAUUUAA